AUGAAGUACUCCAUCGCCAUCUUUGCUCUGUUCACUGUCGCUAUGGCACAGAUGAAGAAGGUUACCCGGCAAUCAGCUGUUGACACCAGCGCGCCGGCAAUGACUAACGCCAAUGGCGACGUCAUCCCUUUCGACGCUGCCAACGUCUACCAAGCCAACAAGGCCAACGGCUUGUGA